CUUAUCAUAAUAUUCAUUUAGCAUUUAAUUAUCACCACAACCCAACUUUUUUUUUUUGAAGGAGGAUAAAAAUUUUAAAGAACUGUGAGAGAGAGCAGCUUGAAGGUCUCUUGAAGCGCUAGGGUCUUCUUGUGAAAACGCUUAGAUUCUGUUCAGCAACAAUUGAUUUUAAUUUCACCUAGCACUUCGCAUUUCCAAGUAAGAAUAUAUUGCUCCAACCUCUCUUCUGCCGGGAACCCCUGAACGUUUAUUUUUUGGUUACAACUCUGAGGCCUUAGUGUAAAUAGUCACUUUGCAAACUCCGGUCGCGCACCGGCUGAACCACGGGGAAUGAGCCAUGCAGGCCACCGUAGUCAGCUGCCUGGAGCAGGAAGUGUGCGAGAAGCGAGUGGAGACUGCACGAUGGCUCCGGACCCUUGGUUCUCCACAUAUGAUUCCACCUGUCAAAUUGCCCAAGAAAUUGCUGAGAAAAUUCAACAACGAAAUCAGUAUGAAAGAAGAGGUGAAAAGACACCCAAGCUUACUGUGGCAAUCAGAGCUUUGUUACAGAACCUGAAGGAGAAGAUCGCCCUUUUGAAGGACUUAUUGCUAAGAGCGGUGUCAACACAUCAGAUAACACAGCUGGAAGGAGAUCGAAGACAGAACCUACUGGAUGAUCUCGUAACCCGAGAGAGACUACUUCUGGCAUCCUUCAAGAGUGAGGGUGCAGAGCCAGAUCUAAUCAGGUCCAGCCUGAUGAGGGAAGAGGCUAAACGAGGAGUCCCCAACCCUUGGCUCUUUGAGGAGCCAGAGGAGACCAGGGGCUUAGGAUUUGAUGAACUCCGGCAGCAGCAGCAGAAAAUUAUCCAAGAACAGGAUGCAGGCCUUGAUGCCCUUUCCUCUAUCAUAAGUCGCCAAAAACAAAUGGGGCAGGAAAUCGGGAAUGAGUUGGAUGAACAAAAUGAGAUAAUUGAUGACCUUGCCAACCUCGUAGAGAACACAAAUGAAAAGCUUCACACUGAAACUAGGCGUGUGAACUUGGUAGACAGAAAGUCAACUUCGUGUGGUGUGGCAGCCAAAGCUUUUAAAGACAUGAUGCAUUUUUCCAAAGGGAUGAUAAUGGUGAUUUUAUUGCUGCUCGUGGCUAUUGUGGUCAUUGCAGUCUGGCCAACCAACUAAUAGCAUUAAAGGGACCACCUGCUGUGACACCUGCCAGUGCCCAAUAAAAGCCCAGCAUCUUUUUGGUAUGCAAAACCUACUCUCAAUAAACUCUCCCAAAGCUCUGAA